AUGGAUCAGCGCAUUGUGCAAAUGCAGAACAAGGCCGCCUUCAGCUGCCAGGUGUCCUAUGCACGGCCGAGCUCUGCUUCUAUCCGUGAUGCCAAUCUCUAUGUCAGUGGCCUGCCCAAAACCAUGAGCCAGAAAGAGAUGGAGCAGCUCUUCUCACAGUAUGGACGCAUCAUCACCUCCCGUAUCCUUGUGGAUCAGGUCACAGGUGUGUCUAGAGGCGUGGGAUUCAUCCGCUUUGACAAGAGGAUAGAAGCUGAGGAAGCCAUCAAGGGGCUGAAUGGACAGAAACCGCUGGGGGCCAGUGAGCCCAUCACAGUCAAGUUCGCCAAUAACCCCAGCCAGAAGACAGGGCAAGCGUUACUCACACACCUGUAUCAGACAACAGCCCGGCGGUACACGGGGCCUUUGCACCACCAAACUCAGCGAUUCAGGUGA